AUCCAGUGAUUGCUUUAUUUUCAUCAUUACCAUCCCCUGCUUUUACUGAGUGACCACCUGGUGCUGCGUGGUGCAUGCAAGGUAGCUAGUCGGUUGGAAGGCCGGAACCGUGACACCAUCCUGCGCAGCGGGAGCCAUGAUCGAGGUGGUGUGCAACCAUAGGCUGGGCAAGAAGGUCCACAUGAAGUGCAACUCAGACGACGCAAUCCGCGACCUGAAAAAGCUGAUUGCGGCCCAGACAGGCACCCGCUGGGACAAGAUCGUUCUCAAGAAAUGGUAUACCAUCUUCAAGAAUCACGUGACUUUGGGAGACUACGAAAUCCAUGAUGGCAUGAAUUUAGAGCUGUACUAUCAGUAGGGGUAUUUUCCCCGUGACCUAAAUCCUUACCACCUUUCUUCCCCCAUCCCGUCCCCCUCUGCUCCCCCCCAACCCCAUCCCCUCUGUCCCAUCACCACCAAAACCUUCAUCGGACUAAUUAAAGGAAGAAUGUUUUAAGAGUUUU